CCCGCCGAGAUGUGCGACUGCUUCCACCUGGUGCUUCCCAACUGGCCCGGAUCCCCUGCCAGUGUUUCUGGCAGGCAGCUGAGACCAGAUGAUCCUGAUGCAGAAACAGAAGAAGACAACUCUGUGAAUGAAGUACCUAUUGAUGAAAUUAUCCGUCCUAGGCCUCAGGGCUCCUCACCAGUCUAUGAGUACUCCAUUGACGAAGGGCACUUCAGCAAAGGGGAAGAUACCCAAACUGGGCGGUUGUCCUCAGGAAGACGAAAAUCCCGGUGGAAACGUGACUCAGGGGAAUCCCAAAGGAGUCAAUCUGAGGAACCAAUGGAGGUCACUCUGCAGACAGAGGUGGAGGCUGGAGCCAGGGGCUACAGCAUCACUGGUGGUGGGAAGGAGGGAAUCUUUGUCAAGCAAGUCUUGAAGGACUCCUCUGCCGCCAAGCUGUUCAGCAUGAGAGAAG